UUCUUAAACUACUUCCUUAAAACAUUUCAAAAUAAGAUCAAUCUUUCCAGCAUGACGUCCCAGCGCCGUUGAACGAUCGAUGGGCUUUACAUGAGGCUUUUAUUUUGAAGCCGGGGUCAUUACUCUCGUUCUCGUCGAGCCCUGACGGAGCCAGCGACCGCUCAGGACCGUGGGAGGGUUAAUCACGUUUGAACGGUGAGCUCCGUGGAGGUACGGUACAGUCCUCCGCGAUGAGGCUCCGUUUGGCCGGAGCCGUGCUGCUGUCGGCGGCCGCCUACUACGUCUACCUGCCGCUACCAAGCGGCGUGAGCGAACCGUGGAAGCUGAUGCUGCUGGACGCGCUUUUCCGGAGCUUCAUGCAGGCGAGCGACGUGGCUCACGCGAUGGGCGUGUGCCAUCGUGUCCACCUGUUGAACCGGGUGGUGUCCUGGUUGGAGGUGAUCGAGGCUCGCUCCAGCCCCGCCGUGAACGUCACGGACUCCACGCUGGGAGGUGUGCCCACCCGGGUGUUUCGGCCCAUCGGAGGGGAGAAGCUGAGAAGAGGAGUUAUUUAUUUCCACGGUGGAGGCUGGGCCCUCGGCAGCGGGCGAAUGCGCUCCUAUGACUCUCUCUGUCGGAGGAUGGCGGAGGAUCUGGAUGCUGUCGUUAUGUCGGUGGACUACCGCCUUGUUCCAGAGGCAGUGUUCCCAGAUCAGUACUAUGAUGUGCUAGCGGCGUCGCGGGCCUUCCUGUCCACUGAGGUUUUAGAACACUACAGCAUCGAUCCAGAGAGGGUGUGUGUGUCGGGAGACAGUGCUGGGGGAAACCUGGCUGCCGCUGUGGCACAAAAGCUCGGCUCAGACGACACCCUGAAAGUGAAGUUCAAGGCCCAGGCGCUGAUCUACCCCGUGCUGCAGGCUCUCGACUUCCACACCCCAUCCUACCAGCAGAACCAGGCUGUGCCAAUCCUCUACAGGCCCGUCAUGGCUCGCUUCUGGCUCCAGUACCUGGGCGCUAACUCCUCCCUGGAGCCCCUCCUGCUCGCCAACAACCACAGCUCCCUGGACGAGUCUGGCAUCAGCGCAGACAUUCGCUCCAAGCUGAACUGGACCGCUUUGCUUCCGACUGAACGCAGGAAGCACUUCCAGCCGGUGGUUAAACAAACUGGGUCACCCGGCGUAGUGGGCGAGGUGCCGGGGCUGAUGGACGUGAGGGCAUCGCCGCUGCUGGCGGAGCAGGACGUUCUGGGUAAGACGCCUAAAGCGUAUGUGAUGACCUGCGAGUUUGACGUGCUGAGGGACGACGGCUUAAUGUACGCCAGACGUUUGCAGGACGCUGGCGUCACAGUGACCAGUGACCACUAUGAGGACGGCUUUCACGGUUGCAUGGUGUUUGCAUCCAUGCCGGUGAUGUCGAAUGUGGGACAGAGAAGCAUGAGCAACUAUAUCCACUGGCUGGACCAGAAUCUGUAGAUAAAAAAACAAAAAACACAUUGUUUCCAUUUUGUGGCACCAAAGACAAACUGGAGCAGAAAUCUGGGAAAGCUCCUAGAUAAUAAUAAAAAAAAAAAAAUCACAGAUGUUAAAACAUCCCAGCUUUAGCACAGAAGGUCAAACGUUGGAACCACUGUGUUUGUGCUGCUUUGGAAGGGAGCAUCAGUUUAGCACAUUAAGUUUAAAAUCACUGGACCUGCAGUCACACAGCACAGUGCAUCCGCAGUGUAUCCUGAACCCAAACCACCUUCAACCAACUGUAACCAAAGAAAUAGAGAUUUAUAUGGAGAACAUAUCUGUAUAUUUAAUGGCAAACUUAUUAUUUUUUAUUUUAUUUAUUAGUUUUAUAAAACUACAGAAUAUAACUUGUAGAAAACCUCUUGGCUGGCAGGUGAUUUAUUAAAAACAACUAUUUACUGCUGUGCUUAUUGUACUCAGCUGUGCAGGAAAUCACAUUAUCAUAAUUUGACAUCAUCACUGCCAGAUGUAACUGAGCUCCACAGCUCUGCCCACAGAAGUCAAAAACCAUACCUGCUUUAAAGUUGGCUCAUGUCCUCAGGCAGCGAUCUGUUAGAUGCUGCCUGGAAGUCCAAUUCUGACCUCUUGGCCUUGUUUGGAGUGAAUGUCUGUGUGAAUGUACCCUCAUACUUGGCAACUAUAGUCUGAUAUGGGGGGAGUCUUUACACUAAAAUUGCUGUUUAAUUCCUGAGUCGUAGCCAAAAACCUCGCUGUACGUGGUUUUGUAGCUGACGGUUGGUCGUUAGGGGAUAUUCCACCCUCUGAUUGCACAGGAAACCCUCUAAUGUAUUUAACCAGAUGGCGCUGCUAUUGGCUCCUGCUGGUAGUUGCUUCAGUCGCUCGCCUCAAUGUAUAGAAAAGCUUAAAUCUGGAGCUGCUGAUGCUCGUUUUGCCUGUCGUUGCUAUGAGCUGCUGAAUUUUCUGAAAGACCCAGCGCUCAUCAUCGGUGAGAAUCCUCGCCGGGAAAGUUGGGUCUAGGAAGCAAUCUAAAAAUAGCGACCGGCAACGGAAGCGAUCCAGAGGUGCAAAGGUGAUGACCCUGAAGGGGAAAUUUGAAUCAAGUGGUUUUUGAUUUUUAUCAAAAGAAAACCGCUUUUCUGUGUUUCUCUGGGAAUAUAAAAUAGACAGAAUUAAGAAACUCAAAUAAAAUGGAAGCUAGAGAAAAUAAUCGAGUCUACACUGUAUAGAUUUUUAUUUAAACCCAUGUAACUCAUUUGUUGGGGGAGAUACACCUACACACUGGAGAAAAAAGUUUAUUUAGUGCAAUAAUUACUCCUUGAUGUGCAGAAUUGCAGGAGAAAACAACACAAUCACAACUUAAUUGGCGUUGAAGGAUAAUCUGCGACUCAUUUCUUUAGAUUCUUUGAAUUUAUUUCUUUUUCUCAGAAGCAUUUUUUAACCCUCAGAAGUCUAAAACCUCGAGCUACCCCAAACUUAAUCUUGUACUUUUGAAAAAAGGAAAAAAAAGAAAAGGAAAAAGAAGGAAGUUUUUGUUGCAUGGUAGACCAUUGACUGCAUUUUUCCUCCUUUAAUUGCAUUGACUUUGGCAAUUUUAAAAGCAACAAAUCACAUAUUCUGGUGGCUGAUAGCAGGCUCGAUCACAAAAGCACAUCAUUUGCUGAAGAUUGGACUUGGUGACAUUUUAGGACUAAAAUUACAGAUGAAAACCUUCAAUUUGAAAUCUCUAUUUUCAGCAUAAUUCUGAAAAGAAAUU